AUGCAACAGCAACAUAACCCGCUGACUGCAGCAGCAGCAGCAACGCAUGCAGCAGCAGAAAUAGCAGCAACAGCAAAAGCAGCAGCAACAGCAGCAAUGCGAACAGCAGCAGCACCACCACCAGCAGCACCACCACCGACAGCAGCAGCAGCAGCAGCAGCAACAGCAGCAGAAACAGCAACAGCAGUAGCACCACCACCACCGACAGCAGCAGCAGCAGCAGCAGCAGCAGCAGCAGCAGCAGCAGCAGCAGCAGCAGACCGAGUAUUGCUAGCAGCAAAGCAAGAACAGCAACAGCAGCAGAACCACCACCACCACCACCAACAGCAUCAGCAGCAGCACCACCACCACCACCAGCACCAAUAG